GGAUUUCUUCCCAUCAUGCCCCUGACCAGGUCUCUGUCCAUGAGCUCUCUGAGCGGUCUUCCUCUGUGGGAGGAAGAGGAGUUACCUGUGGAGGAUCUGCUGCUGUUUGAGAUAGCAUGGGAAGUCACCAACAAAGUGGGAGGGAUUUACACCGUCAUCCAGACCAAAGCUAAGAUCACAGUGGAUGAGUGGGGUGAGAACUUCUUCAUGAUCGGCCCUUACUACGAACACAACUUCAAGACACAGGUGGAGAAGUGUGAACCUCCGAACUCUGCCGUGAAAGCAGCCAUGGAGUCCAUCACCAACAACGGCUGUCAGGUGCACUUUGGCCGGUGGCUCAUAGAAGGCAGUCCGUAUGUGAUCCUGUUCGAUAUCGGAGCCGCAGCCUGGAACCUGGACCGCUGGAAGGGAGACUUGUGGAACACUUGCGGCAUCGGGCUGCCAUACCACGACCGAGAGGCCAACGACUCGCUCAUCUUCGGUUCACUCGUGGCCUGGUUCUUCAAAGAGCUAACAGAUCGUCUUCGGGACAAACCCAACGUAAUCGCUCACUUCCACGAGUGGCAGUCCGGAGUCGGCCUCGUGCUCAGUCGCUCCCGGAAGAUCCCCAUGGCCACCAUGUUUACUACACACGCUACGCUCCUGGGUCGCUAUCUGUGUGCUGGAAAUAUGGACUUCUACAACAACCUGGAUAAGUUUGAUAUCGACCGGGAGGCGGGAGAGAGGCAGAUCUACCACCGCUACUGUCUGGAGAGAGCUGCAGUGCACUGCUCGCACGUUUUCACCACCGUCUCUCAGAUCACCGCGGUGGAGGCCAACCACAUGCUUCACAGGAAACCCGAUGUGGUUACACCGAACGGUCUGAAUGUUAAAAAGUUCUCAGCUAUGCACGAGUUUCAGAACCUGCACUCGCUGAACAAACAGAAGAUCCAGGAGUUUGUGAGAGGACAUUUCUACGGACAUCUGGACUUCAAUCUGGAGAAAGCGCUUUUCUUCUUCAUCGCAGGCCGCUACGAGUUUUCCAACAAAGGAGCCGAUAUUUUCCUGGAGGCGUUGUCCAGGCUGAAUUACCUGCUUCGGGUGCAUAAGAGUGACGUGACGGUGGUGGUUUUCUUCAUCAUGCCAGCGAAGACGAAUAACUUCAACGUGGAAAGCCUGAAAGGUCAAGCCGUGCGCAAGCAGCUGUGGGACACCGCGCAGUCGGUGAAGGAGAAGUUCGGCAAACGCUUGUAUGAUGCCUUGUUAAGGGGCGAGAUCCCAGACAUGAGCAAGAUCUUAGACAAAGACGACUUCACCAUAAUGAAGAGGGCCAUUUACGCAACGCAGAGACACACUCUCCCUCCAGUGACCACUCACAACAUGCUGGACGACUCGACGGACCCCAUCCUGAGCAACAUCCGCCGCAUCGGCCUCUUCAACGGCCGCAACGACAGAGUCAAGAUUGUUUUCCACCCCGAGUUCCUGUCCUCCACCAGCCCCCUGCUGCCCAUGGACUACGAGGAGUUCGUCCGCGGCUGCCAUCUGGGAGUCUUUCCAUCUUAUUAUGAACCCUGGGGAUACACACCAGGUGAGUGCACGGUGAUGGGCAUCCCGAGUGUGACGACUAACCUCUCCGGGUUCGGCUGCUUCAUGGAGGAGCACAUAUCAGACCCGGCUGCCUACGGAAUUUAUAUCGUGGACCGACGUUUCUGCUCGGCAGACGAGUCGUGUAAUCAGCUCACUCAGUUCAUGUUCACGUUCUGCCAGCAGUCACGACGGCAGCGUAUCAUCCAGCGCAACCGCACAGAACGCCUGUCAGACCUGCUGGACUGGAGAUACCUCGGCCGGUUCUCUGUGUGUCUGUGUUUCAGUUCUACAUGCACGCCAGGCACCUGGCCCUCAGCAGAGCUUUUCCCGAGCUAUAUAAACUGGACACGCUCGCACCUCCACCGACUCAAGGAUUCCGUUAUCCCCGUCCCCCGUCGGUCCCGCCCUCUCCCUCGGCCUCCCUCCACUCCACCCCGCAUCACAGCGACGCCGAGGACGAGGACGAGGACGAAGACGACGCCGAGCCCUACGAUGAAGAAGAGGAGGCCGAGAGGGACAGAGUGAACAUCAAGUCGCCCUUCAGUCUAGGAGCCGUACCGAAGGGUAAGAAGAAGCAACCGGGAGAAUACGGGAAUUAGAGAUGCCACGCCCAUACCACACAAAACCCCGCCCACUUUCACACCUUGCCCCACCCACUUGUUAAGCUCAACAUUCCGGAAGUAUGAAGCAUGUUGAUGUCACGAAGAAAUGGCAUUUCUGAUUGUGGACACCACGACCACAAUAAGUUGAGUGCAAAAGUUUGUGCCCCCCCCUUUUUUUUUUUGUAUUAAAGGAGGAUGUUUUACAAUUUCCCCAUUAAAA